CGCGGACCAUGCGGCGAGCACGCACGUCCCCGAACUUUUGACUUGGCCCGACGACCGCGAACGCGAUUUCUGCGGGGAGCUCUCACCACCGAGACAUCCACACAUUCCCACAUCAUGGCCACACAAGCACGGGGGCCGCCGGGAACGGCGCCAGCCAACAAGGAGGGGAUGCCGAACAGGACACUAUACGUCCGCAACCUCAACGACAAGCUCCCCAAAGAAGACCUGAAGCGCAAUCUGUACAUGAUUUUCGCAACAUACGGCGUCCUCCUGGACGUUGUCGCCCUCAAGACCAUGAAGAUGCGAGGGCAGGCGCACGUUGUGUUCCGCGACAUCGAUUCGUCCACCCAAGCAAUGCGCGCGCUGCAGGGCUUCACAUUCUUUGGAAAGGACAUGCAAAUCGCAUACGCAAAGACCAAGUCCGACACAAUAGCCAAGCUCGACGGAACGUACAAGAUGCCCGAGCCCGAUCUGCCCGAGAGGGUGGCUGAGGAGGCGCCCGCACAUCCUGCUGGAUUCGGCGCUGCGCUGGAGAAGGCCGUCCCCGUCAACGAGCAAGAGAGAGCGAAGGGCCAGAAGAGGAAGGCAGAGGACGACGGAGAAGAAGAAGAGGACGACGACGAUGACGACGCCGAGAUGGAGAUGGACUCGGACUCGGACUCGGAUUAGACGGGCUGAAAGCACAGGCCAAGAGCUCAAGAGAACGACAUCGAUGCGCCAGCGGACGAAGAGGGGAACGAUACCCAUGGACAGAUAAGAUCCCAGCGACCUGAGGGCGGGUUAGCCUGCUAUGUUGAUUCGCAGGUUGGACGAUUGAUUGCGAAUAACGCUAUGUAACGAGAUUGGCAUA